CGGAACAACAACUGCUGCUUUAUUUCUUCCCUAGUGAGGAAUACCGGUGGGUUUUUUCUACUUGAUAAUUUUAGAGUUCAAAUAAACACCAGUAAGUCAAGAUUGGAAAAUUUUGACAAGGAAGCUUUAACUUUUUGCCCCCCUCCUCUCUGCAUACAGAAACACGUGCAUUCACACUCAUGUUGUUUAUGCAGGAGAGAUGAAGCCCUGUCUGGUUUUCUGUUACUACAAACACUUGGUCAUGGAGCCCUUUUUUUGCCAGGUGGUACCACCCCGCACACUCCAAUUCCCUUCUCUAAAUGGGAGGUUUUAUUUUCCCCCCCCCCGGCUUCAAGUCCACAUGGACACCUCGCAUGCUUCUCUUUUUAGACAAAAUCUUACUUUCCUCUUUUUUUCUACUUGCCUCUUGUUUUUGUGUGGAAAAUCCCAGUAAAGGCUAAUGAUGAAUGUUAUUCUGUCAUUCACAUGACCACUAGAAAUACCAAGUCAGCGAAGAACUUAUAUUAGUUUUGCAUUAUGUUCAGCUGUUGUCCUGGAGAGAACAGUACAUGCUUUGGCUGAUCAUUUGACUUUGUUUUAAAAUUUUCACUUACUUUGGUGUAUAAGGUUUCUGGUUCAUAAGUACCUUGUUUUUUAAUGGUAUGAUCUAAUUUCUACAAGCUAAUUUUGGACUACAAGAAAAAGCCUGUUAAUUUCCAGCUCAGUUGGGGAGUUUGAAAGGAACAAUUCACUGAUUGCUAAAUGAAAAUGCAGAAAUGCAGGCGGGGAGAAUGUGCAGUGAUCUGUGAAAUCCUGAGGAUCUUGCUCUGCUUCUGAGAGCUUGUAGAUAAUGGACCUGUGGGGAAGAGAUCGUGUUCUCGUGUAUUUUAAUAUUCUGACUUCUGUUUUUGUACAAAGGUAAGAUGCUGUUCUGUUCAGACUGUACACUAAGGUCACUGCCCUUUCACCUCUGUGACUAAAAGAGGGCCUAUUGCAGUAGUAAAGGUCUCUUGCAUUGGUAGGGAUGGGAAAAAUAGGAGCUACAACUUUGCAUCUGCACCUGAUGAUGCAUCUUUAUGCACGUCAGUCUCCUUUCAGACAGGACACGAACCUGGAUAGCUAGUAGGGCUGUGGUCCAAGUUUGAAAGAUGUUGAGUUUGAUGCUAGACAUCUGAGGUUUCUUUUGAGUGUUAUUUCACCAGAUUAUUUCCAAACAUCUCAUUUCGCUGCAGAGACGGUUUUCAGUCUCUGCUUUUCCUGCUUCCCCUCACAGCAAAGUGCUUUUGCAGAGAACUGCACCAAGUAGAAUCAUCUAAAAGGACAGCUGAACUGGAUCUGGCUGCCUGUCAGAGAGUGCCAAAAUCAGAGAUCAUUUACCAGAAAACUCUGGAUCUGAGAUAUAAGAUAAAACUAUUUGUAUCAUGUUUUCAGAACAUAAAGAACUGACAUUGGGGAUGUUUAUGUAGUUGAAUUACAUCUCCCAAGCAGAAGCUAUGAAAUAUUUCAUCCUCAUACGAAUUUUAAAAGCAAACAAAAAAAACACUACUAAUGCAAUUAUUCUGUCCUCUGAUAAGCCGAAGUGUGCCUCUGUUUGUUCACUUCAGCUGUUCCCAAGUCUCUGUCAGUGCAAAUGUGACUGAAAACUAACCUCAGUUUUCUCUGCUGAGAAUUUCUCAUGAAUCCAUGUGAAGGAGAUGGACAGCAUGGCAGGAGGCUGCGGGAAGAGGCAGUAUCUAUUCAGUUCAAACCUGAGGAGGAGGCAGGUAUGGUUUGACAAAGUAGAUUCCCCUGGAAGACGGUUACCAGGUUUUAAGGGGGUACUUCUGUCAGGGCAGACCACACACAGCUCCUAGUCCACCUCGAAGCACUGCGGCCAGAAAACAAGGGUGCCACGGAGCUGCUCUGGCUCUGUUUCAGAGUAUUUUAACCUUAAAAGAGUGAGGCCCUUGUUCUUUUGCCGUGCCCACCAUGGAAGGACCACCGCCACCCCGAAGGCAGAGGCGAGCAGAGCCCUCGAGCCUGAUGCUGGGGCUUGCUGCCCCCACCAAGCCGGCGCUGUUUGCUGUGCUGCGGGAUGGGGUGGCUGCGGGGACGGGUACUCCAGGAAGGGCUCACCAACAACUGCUCGUGUGUGCACUGGCCUGGCAGGGUGACGGAUGCCUAACGGCUUGGCUGCCUAUGGGGUUUUAGGCAUAAAUUUCAGAGGGUGGAGCUGCCUUCAGGAGGAGGUGUGCUCGAGAAGUCAGUUGAGAGCGAGUCUCUGCUGGGCUUUGCACUCUCUCUACCCACUUGCUCUUGUGAAGGAUUUUUUUUUUUUUUUGCCCUGACUAGACAAAGUUUUUAUACCAGUGAAAUUUCGAAGUUGUUUCGUACUUUGAAGAGUUUAAGAAUUCCUGAUGAUGCUUUUCCUGAGGGAAGCCAUGCCCUACCACAGAGUCCUUCACCUGGUCCUGCUAACGCUGUGUAGCAUCCUGCUCCCUGCUGUGCUGGCAGCAGAGUACCCGCAGGGCCCGGUCCCCACACUGUGGAAUGAGCCACCCGAGCUGCCCUCCGGAGCCGGCCCCUUCGACGCCGCCACCACCACAGCCCGGCUCUCAGAUGCCACCGCCUUCCCCCCGUACACCUCUGAGCUGGAGCCCGAGGACACCACCCACCUGCACCGCCUCGACACCGGGGACGGCUCGCUGGGGCCCGGAGCUAUUGGUGCCAUUGUCAUCGCCUCCCUCCUGGGUACAUCUGUGCUUGUGGCCUUGGUCGUCAUCACGCUGAGAAAGUUCUCUGCCUCCUGAACUCAAUAAAAGAUGUUUCUGUAACACAA